AUGGGACAGAGCUGCUCCUUCCUUCUCCUGCUGCUCCUCCUGCCCCCGGGGCUUGGAGCCACCUUCUCGCUCCUGCGGUACCGCUACGACUGUGGGGACCACGGCAUGCAGCUGCUGGCGUACCCCACCCGCGGCCGCACCGUCCGCUUCAAGGUCAUGGACGAGUUUGGCACUCGCUUUGACGUGGCCAACUGCUCCAUCUGCCUCCACUGGCUCAAUGCUGGGGCGGACGGUGCUGUCAUCUUCUCCUCCGGCUAUGAGGGCUGCCACGUCCUGGUGAAGGAGGAUCACUACAUCCUGAGGGUGCAGCUGGAGGAGACGCUGCUCAGCGGGGUCCUGGCCGCCUCCUACGAAGUCAACAUGACAUGCCCGCAGCCGGGUGACUACGAGAACCUCAUGGAUGGCAACGGGCACACCAAGCACCAGACCGGUCGGGGCAACAGUGUCCACCAGACCCAGGCUGACAUCCUCGUCCCGCUGUCACAGCCUGGCCUCCUGCACCAUGUGUCCCAGUCUGCCCUUGCCCUCCCAGGACCGCAGCUCUCUCCCCAAGCCCACUCAGAGCAGGUUCACCCUGUGGCUCGGACCCAGCCGGUGCUGGCGCGCCCGGGGGUGCAGUCCCAGCCCAGCAUGGCUCGCCCUGGCUCCCAGCCCCAGCAGGGCUUAACACGCACGGGUGUGCAGCCCCCAGCCCAGCCAGGGCUCCUGCACCCUGGGGCUCAGCACCAGCCAGGGCUCCUGCACCCGGGGCUUCAGACCCAAAACCAGCCUGGGCUGGUGCACCCCGGAGCUCAGACUCAACCAGGGCUCCUUCGUCCAGGUCUUCAGAACCAAAACCAGCCGGGGCUGGUGCACCCCGGAGCUCAGACUCAACCAGGGCUCCUUCGUCCAGGUCUUCAGAACCAAAACCAGCCGGGGCUGGUGCACCCUGGGGCUCAGACUCAACCAGGGCUCCUUCGUCCAGGUCUUCAGAACCAAAACCAGCUGGGGCUGGUGCACCCUGGGGCUCAGACUCAACCAGGGCUCCUGCACCGAAGGCUUCAGAACCAAAACCAGCCAGGGAUGGUGCAUUCUGGAGCCUGGCCCCAACCAGGUCUUCUUCGUCCGGGGCUUAUGCCCCCAAACCAGCCGGGGCUGGUGCACCCUGGUGUCCAGUCUGGCUUAACACAUGCUGGUGCUCAGACCCAAGCAGGCUUUGUACGCCUGGGAGCUCAACCCCAAAGCCGGCCAGGCUUAGCUCAUCCCAGACUUCAGACCCAAUCCCAAACUGGUCUCCUCCACCCUGGGCUCCAGAGCCAGGCUGGGCUGGUACCUCCAGGCCAGGCACGACCGGGUCCAGCGCGCCCGGGACUGCUGUCCCGACCGGGUUUGGUGCGCCCUGGGCUUCAGGCGCAGCCCCAGCUGGGCUUGGUGCACCCAGGGCUGCAGCCCCAACCCCAGCCUGGCUUGUUAGGUCCUGGGCUUCAAUCCCAGUCCGGUCUGCUGCAGUCCACAGCUCUCUUCUACCCCUCGGCAGGGGCAGGUAAGCCGCUGACACGGGAGCAGUGCCAGGUGACUGCAGGGAGGAUGCCGUGUGUGGCCCUGCAGGGCCGGGAGGCAUGCCUGCAGGCGGGCUGCUGCUAUGACGACAUGGACCGCAUCGCACCCUGCUAUUACGGCAACACAGCCACCGUGCAGUGCCUGCUGGAUGGACACUUCGUCCUGGUGGUGCCGCGGGGCCUGGCCACCCAGCCCUACAACCUGGACAGCGUACGCCUCGCCAGCACCCAGGCCGGCUGCGAGCCCAUCAGGGUGACAGACACCUUCGUGAUGUUCCACUUCCCUGUCACACAGUGUGGCACCACUGUCCAGGUGAUUGAGGACCGGCUAAUCUAUGAGAACCAGCUGAUCUCCACCAUUGAUGUCCAGGGGUCUCCCCGCGGCUCCAUCACACGGGACAGCACCUACAUCCUCCAAGCUCGCUGCAUCUACAAUGCCAGUGACCUCCUGCCGCUCCGCAUGGAGGUGGCCGUGCCCCCCACCUCCACCCCCCUGGCCAUGCUGGGGCCGCUCGGGCUCCAGCUGCGCAUUGCCACUGACGAAAGCUACAGCUCCUACCACCCCGAUGGAGACUACCCCCUGGUGAGGGUGCUCCGGGACCCCAUCUACGUGGAGGUUCGCCUCCUGCAGAAGACGGACCCUAACCUGGUGCUGGUCCUGCACCAUUGCUGGGCAUCCCCCAGCACCGACGCCACAGCCGAGCCCCAGUGGCCCAUCCUCGUGGACGGGUGCCCCUUCACAGGUGACAACUACAGGACCCAGCUUGUGCCUGUGGGACCGGCCUCACCGCAGCUGCCCUUCCCCAGCCACUACCAGCGCUUUGUCAUCUCCACCUUCACCUUUGUGGAGCCACCCUCCAUGGCGGUGCUGGAGGGAGAGGUGUACAUCUCCUGCAGUGCUUCCGUGUGCCACCUGGCACAGCCCGAGCCCUGCCGGCCCUCCUGCCAGCUGGGGGUGCCCUCACGAGCGCGUCGGUCUCUGGGGGACAGGACAGCUGAAGCCAUGGGCAUAGUCACCUCCCAGGGACGCAUCAUCUUUCCAAAGGUCCCCAAGCUGCGGCCAGGCUGAGCCCAAAGGCACUGGGUGAGCACCCUUCACUCCCCGAACUGCUCCUUCAUCCCAGCUAUAACUCACUCUCCUCCUCCUCCUCUUCCUCCUGUGCAGCUCCUGCCUCCAGCCAGACGCUGCCUGACAUCUCUGGGGCAAGCUGGAAAAAUAAACCAGUGCAUAGCACAGCUCAAGCCGCAGGCUGCAGUGGCAGUUUGUCUCUGGGGGA